AUCAUCCUUAAAAUUCGAAAAGAGGAGACAUGUAUCAGAUUAACAUGGCAUCAUUAUGCAAACUCUUUUACCUUUUGGGACUCGUUGCUAAUUUCGUUCUUGUGAUUACCAAAUCGAAUGUUGUUCAUUGCACUGAAAAUGUUGCUCCCACUCUUGAUCUUGUUUCUUUGAACCGAAACAGUUUCCCUCCAGGCUUCAUCUUUGGAGCUGGAUCCUCCUCGUACCAGUUUGAAGGUGGAGCAAUGGAAGGUGGUAGAGGGUCAAGUAUAUGGGAUACCUUCACCCAUAAAUAUCCAGAAAAGAUAAAGGAUAGAAGUAAUGGAGAUGUGGCCAUUGACACGUAUCACAAUUACAAGGAAGAUGUUAAGAUGAUGAAAGAUAUGAACUUAGAUUCAUACAGAUUCUCCAUAUCUUGGUCAAGAAUAUUGCCGAAAGGAAAGCUAAGUGGAGGUAUAAAUCAAGAAGGAAUCAACUAUUACAACAAUUUCAUCAAUGAGCUAUUGGCUAAUGGUCUAGAACCAUUUGUGACUCUUUUUCAUUGGGAUCUUCCGCAAGCUUUAGAAGAUGAGUAUGGUGGCUUCUUAAGCCCUAUCAUAGUAAAAGAUUUUCGAGACUAUGCGGAGCUUUGCUUCAAGGAAUUUGGCGAUAGGGUGAAGCAUUGGGUUACUUUGAAUGAGCCAUGGAGUUAUAGCCAAAAUAGCUACGCAAUGGGGAGGUUUGCACCAGGUCGUUGUUCUGCAUGGAUGAACACAAAUUGCACCGGUGGUGAUUCAGCUGUAGAACCUUAUUUGGUUUCACACUACCAACUUCUUGCUCAUGCAGCUGUUGUUCGUGUGUACAAGACCAAAUACCAGGCAUCUCAGAAGGGUUUCAUAGGCAUAACCUUGUUAGCUCAUUGGUACCUACCUCUCUCCGACACCAAAUAUGAUCAAAAGGCUGCUGAAAGAGCAAUGGACUUCAUGUAUGGAUGGUUUAUGGAUCCAUUAACAUUAGGAGAGUACCCCAAAAGCAUGAGACAUCAUGUUGGAGCACGAUUACCAAAGUUCACAACAGAGCAAGCUAUGCUAUUAAAAGGUUCAUUUGAUUUUAUUGGCCUAAAUUAUUACUCUUCAGCCUAUGCCUCAGAUGCACCUCAACUAAGAAAUGCCAAACCUAGCUACUUGACAGAUUCAUUGGUCAAUCCUGCAUUUGAGCGUGAUGGCAAACCCAUAGGUAUUAAGGUUGCUUCUGAUUGGUUAUACGUUUAUCCAAGAGGAAUCCAAGAUCUUUUGUUAUACACCAAGGAAAAGUACAACAACCCUUUGAUUUACAUCACUGAAAAUGGUAUAAAUGAAUAUAAUGAUCCAACACUUCCAGUUGAGGAAUCACUCAUGGAUAUAUUCCGAAUUGAUUAUCAUUAUCGUCAUCUCUUUUAUCUUCGAUCUGCAAUUAGAAACGGUGUGAAUGUCAAGGGAUAUUAUGUAUGGUCUUUGUUUGACAACUUUGAGUGGUCCUCUGGUUACACUGUACGAUUUGGAAUGACCUUUGUGGAUUACAAAAAUGGCUUGAAAAGAUAUGAGAAACUUUCUGCAUUAUGGUUCAAGGACUUCCUCAAAAGAGAAACUAGACUUUAUGCUUCUAGUGAAUAAUAUGAUAUUCAUUCAUUAAAAGUUAUACUUGUAAGUAGUUAUUUUUUUAUGGACAAAUGUUAGUUGUUAGUAAAUUAGCCUCUCCUUAGAGUUCAAACCCUGGACUCUUCACUCUUCAUUUCCCUCAACCCGUAUGUCCCCUAUCUCUUAUCACUUGAGUUAACCCUCGGAGACUUGUAAGUAGUUAUUUAUUUUAAAAUUUUUUGAUAAGGUCCUAUUCGACCUGAAAGGGAAUAAAAAGUGGAUGUGCAAAUGUA